ACGCCCUUGCGCAGCAGGAGCGUCUCACAGGUGAGUGCGCGCACACGAGCCGGCGGGGCAAGAACUCGCACGAGAGCGCGGUGCGGUCGGACACGAACCAAACGGCGGCGUGAGAUGAUCAGAUUGAGAUCGGAUCCUGAUCGAGUUCGGCGGAAAAUAGACCAGACUGACAUCACACUGACUGGGUGAACAUUCACAGCUCUGUGUCUUCGCAAAUAAAUGACACCAGCAAUCUGAAGACCCCACCGCUUGAUUUCCAACUAUCAGAUCAUUUUGGUCCGACAGGUCAUCUGUCGCACUUUCUUUGAAUGACCAGAUGGCCACUCUUAAAGACGGGAUUUGCUACAGCAAUAGAAGUGUGGUUUUUUUCUACAAUCUUAGCGAAAAGAAUAUCAGCGAAUCCUGGGGGUCCAAGGACAUUGCGGUGGUCUCUCUCGGAAUGUUUGUCUGUUGCUUCGUGAUCUUCGCCAACAUCCUGGUCAUGUUGGCCAUUUUCAUGAAUCGCAGGUUCCAUUACCCCAUUUAUUACCUGCUGGGAAAUCUGGCGGCAGCGGACAUGUUUGCCGGAAUAUCGUACUUGCAUUUGAUGUUCCACACCGGGCCCUGGACCAGCAAACUGAGCACGUAUCAGUGGUUUGUGCGUCAGGGUUUAAUAGACACCAGUCUGACCGCGUCUGUCAUCAAUCUGAUGGCCAUAGCUCUGGAGAGACAUCAGACCAUCUUCACCAUGCAGCUACACAGUAAAAUGACCAACCACAGAGUCGUGCUGCUCAUCGCCGGCAUCUGGGUCAUCGCCGUAGUGAUGGGCUUGAUCCCUACUAUGGGAUGGAACUGUAUGUGUAAAAUCCUUCAAUGUUCCACCAUGGCUCCGCUCUACAGCCGCAGUUACCUGAUCUUCUGGGCCGUGCUGAACCUCUCUGCGUUUACGGUCAUGGUGGCCGUCUACACUCGAAUCUUCAUCUACGUGCGGCGGAAAACCCACCGGAUGAGCCAGCACACCUCACAAGUCAAACACAAGGAGACGGUGGUUAACCUCAUGAAAACUGUCGUCAUGAUUCUGGGUUGCUUCGUGAUCUGUUGGACCCCUGGUCUGGUGCUUCUCUUGCUGGACGGCCUGGAUCUCACAACAUCCGUUCUGAAGUAUGAGAAGUUCUUUCUGGUGCUAGCGGAGUGCAACUCCUUCAUGAAUCCCAUCAUCUACUCAUACCGAGACAAGGACAUGCGGAACACCUUUAAGCGCAUCCUCUGCUUCCCGUGUGUGCGGCAUGACCAGACGGGGGAGCACUCGGGCGUCCGCUUCAACACCCUCGAUCAAGAGGCUCGUAGGGUGCGUGACGGUGACCCCGGUGAACAGGUGAAUGGAGGCCAGGUUGUGCUUCGAGACGCUGAGAACAUUCUGGAGUCCACAGACAGCUGAGAUGAACGGCCUGAGCUCAUCAUAACGGGAUAUUUUUUAAUGGACACGAUUUUUUUGGGACUCCGUUUCCUGCAGUCUUGUGAAAGGUUCAGUUGAAGGUCAACGUAGUGAGCGUCCCGACUAAAGCUGCCUCACGUGACACAAACAAGUGUUGGUUUUUAUAAGCAUCAUGUUUGUUUGAUGUAGAGAUCGUGUCGGUUCAAACUGUGAAUGCAUCGACUGUAAAUAUUUAGCGUUUUAACUGGGAUUUUUUUAUGAAUCUGCACUAUAGCGUUUGA